CCUCUCUCUGAAUAUUUCUGCUUCUGUUACCGAACUCUCUUUGCUUUACAACUUUUUCUCCAUCUGAAAGAAGAAGAUGUCAGCUAUGGGACAACUCAUUGGAGGGUCCUUCCUCUCGGCCUUCCUUCAGGUGGCCUUCGACAGGUUUGCCUCUCCUGAGAUUAUGGAAUUCUUACUUCGAUGGAAAAUCGACUUGGAUGAAGUGGAGUCACUGAAGCGGACGUCAGCCAUGAUUCAAGCAUUAGCUGAUGAAGCUGAAGUGAAGCAAUUCACCAACGGUGCUGUGAAACUCUGGCUCGACCAUCUCAAACAACUCCUCUAUGAUGCUGAGGACAUACUGGAUGAGUAUGCCACUGAACUUCUAAGCCUGAAAAUGGAAUCUGCUCACCAAACCCAACAGGUAAGCAAUCCUGUUCCUCUCACUCCAUCAACUGAAAGUAGUGUUUCUUCUUGGUUGAACUCAGGCAUGGAAUCUGCAAUUAAGAGCAUCAAUGGAACUUUAGAAGGAAUAAAAGGCAUUGGGCCUAAGGUUUAUAACAUUGCUGAAGAGCUGCCGGAAAUUAAGAGAUUUGGAUCUAAAGUAAGGGAAAUCAACCAGAGGUUAAAAAGUGUAGCACAAGAAGGUGUUGCUCUUGGUUUGAACUCGAGCAUGGGAAUGAUGGGAUUUGGGUCCUCAAGGCCCAUGGUAUUCAGUCAAAGGCCACCAACGAGUUCUUUGGUGAAUACAUAUAAAGUUUUUGGCCAAGAGGAAGAUAUGGAGAAGAUUGUUGGAUCGUUGCUAUCAGACAAAGCUCAAUGUCCCAGUGACAAUGACAAUAAUUUCUCAGUGCUACCCAUAGUCGCCAUGGGUGGAGUUGGGAAGACGACCCUUCCUCAACUUGUUUAUAACGAUGUGAAAGUUAAGAAGCAUUUUCAUUUGAAAGCUUGGCUCUGUGUAUCAGAGGAUUUUGAUGUGGUGAGGUUAACCAAAGAAAUUCUAGAGUCAGUCACUAGGUCAUCCCCUCCCAAUUCACUAGACCUGAUACAGGUGAAACUUCAAGAAGCUUUAAGGGAGAAAAGAUUCUUAUUGGUCCUAGAUGACGUGUGGAACAAGAACUACGAGAGAUGGGAUGCCUUCAGCACCGCUUUUGCAUUCGGUACACCAGGAAUCAAGAUAUUGGUUACAACACGGAACAAAGGUGUUGCAUCAAUUGUGCGCACUGUUCCGAAGGCAUGCUUUCAUGGAAGAAAAUACCUUUGA